UGUGUUGCGCUCUUCUGAUUGAUCAAUAGUUACGUUUGGUCGACACUCCGGAAAUGUCUAUUAUUUAUGUCUACCUAACCCCUCACACUUCACGCAAGUAAUCCACAACCCUGCACUAGAUCCAAAUUAGUGUCGUCUGAGCUUGCACGACGGGGGUCCGAAGAUGUCGCCGAUGGGUGGAGGCUGGUUUAUGUGACUGCUGAAGGCAAAUUUCCCCGGGAACAUACGUGGGCGGGGUCAGGAGCAGGCCAAAACCUCUCAUCUCAGAGGGGGUCCAGAGGGAAAAGUUCCAGAAACUCAAUUUAUGGAUGAUUUGAAAGGUUUGUUUAAUGAAUUUUAAAGUUUCACACUCUGUAUAUUUAUUUUAUACCGACGGGAGUGGUGGGGGUUACAGCUCUUUUCGAUUCCCCUCUCACUGGCGCCACAAAUCCGAGUACCUUACAUAGUGUAUCGGUAUAUACAAAAGAAAUAUUUACUUUGCAUUAGACUAUCGUUCAAUAGAAUUUUAUUUUUGUUUACACAGGAUAUGAUAGACAGGGGUGGUAUAAAGAUUUUUCCAGCCAACAUAGAAAAUGUUCUCUCACGACAUCCAUCUAUUGAGCUGGUUCAGGUAAUUGGGGUACCGGAUGAGCGCCUAUCUGAAGAAAUUUGUAUUUGCUUAAGGACAAAGAAGAACGUCAUCAUUGACAAAGACCAGAUUGUCUCUUACCUAACUGGAAAGGUGAGACUCGAAGGAAGUGUACCUGGCUAUGUGUUGAUUUUUGACAGUUUUCCGAAAUCGAUUACUGGAAAGAUUGACCGUAUGAGUCUCACAAAACAGGCCAUAGACCGAAUUCAAAGUAAGGUACAAUUAACGUAGUAACAAUAUUG